UCCGUGCUGGUAUAGUCCUCAGACUCUUCUUCUUGCUCCGCCACCAUCCAGGCACUCGGAGGCAGCGUUCGCCCAGGCGUGAGCGGUUUCUGUGUUUGACCGCACCAGAUGUUGACGGCAUCGUCAGUGUCCACCUCGGGCAGGUACAUUCGGGAAGGUUUCGAGUCGCCCUGCAUGGUCGCCAACGCUUCGAACACGUACACGUGAUGGUUCUUCUUCCUUUUUGCCUCACAGCGUUAUCUCCUCUGGGGUUCUCCCCCCUAAAAAGCUUUCUUCUCCCGACAUAUAGUAUGCCUCCUGCGGUCCAUACUCCAAAGUUAACAAACUGCUGAAGCUCGGCGAUGAAGGCAAUUCAGUUAGGAUAACGUUGCUACACGACAUGUUUCGGUUUAUGGGUCGGGUUUGGUCGGGGUACUCACAGGCCCAAAUUCUCUAUAACAGUUUCGGUUCGGCUUUUGCGUACUCAUUUUACUGCCAGUGUAGUUUAUUAUGUAUUUUUACUUUGCUCCCCUUUGAUUUUUGUUUUUUUUAUUACUUUCUUCGCGACCUCAGAAAUAUUCAGAAGAAGGGAUCUUCGCUGGUAGCCGCCAUGGCUAGGUCACUCUAGCCAUGGCUGUGGCGUUGUUGAAUCCAAUCGACGAUCCAACGGAAUCCAACACAACCAGUCCCUGUCGUUAACAAAAGAAGAGUGCAAGAUGGUGUUAUCGAAGCUUUAAUGCGCAAAAUAGCUUACCCGAGGUUCGUUGUUUUGUUCCCCGCGGUAACCAUUUGUAAGCUGCACUUUCAAAUAUGAACGCUUUGAGUCUCUACGUGACAACUUGCAGACGAGUGUUUGAAUCCGACCCGGAUGACAGCGGUGCGUGGGCCGAUAUAUACCGUCUAAUGUCGUUACUGAGACAAGCGUUGUCGUGCAGUGUUUGCUCGAACUUGCUACAAAUACCCAUGACAUCACCCAGCUCCAGCUGCCAACAUUCCGUCUGCAAAGGAUGCGUCGGCAAGAAAAUGCGGCUGAAGCCAACGUGCCCGUGCAGCAAAAAUUACGGCCGAUUCGCGGAAAAUGUACAGUUACGUGUGUUGUUGCAGUGUUACAAGAAGUUUUGCGACUACCUGAGUACGUCGGCACUUGGCCGCAAAUGGGACAGUGUAAAUGGUGGAACGAACUUGAGUAUUCACGACAUCGUCGUUGAAGGUGCGAGCCUCUGCGACGAAUAUCGUUAUGGAAACAGACGACCGAGGAAAAUAAAUGGAGACAGGCCCCGGAAGUCAGUCGCGAACGGAAGUCCUUCUGCUAGAGUGACAGAGACAAAUGGCUCCAGCUCGGACAACUCUGACUCUCCAGUGCCUAGUGCAGCGCUCAUGCACUACUCUAGGGAGAAACCGAUCCGUAGGGGAUGUCGCUGCGGUCUUGCCACCCUCAACCCCGGGAAACUGACCUGCUGUGGUCAGCGCUGCCCAUGUUACGUGGCCAACACCAGCUGCGCACAGUGCAAGUGCCGAGGCUGCCGCAAUCCACUUGACAAGCCAUCAGAGGUCUGGGGUGACGGCUUGGAAGUGGCUGCAAACGAAUCCAUAAAGUUGGACGAGGAAGAAAACGAUUCGUUCGAAGUCGAAGUUGACGAGUGAUUUGAUUGCGCAAUGGCUUUCCUUUACCGUUUAGGUUUAGUCACUGUUCUAAGGACGAAACCAACCUAGACUUGUGUACCGGUACCAGUACUGCAUGAACUGCUUCUACACCUGAUGUGCUUUGGCUGGUGUGUAUGAUUGGAUUCAGCUACGACUGCUCACGUAUGCUUAGUUGUUGCGGCUUAAGAACAUUGCAGCGGAGGAUGUCUUUCAAUGAACAGGGAGGAAGCUCCACUACAUGUUAAUGACAUUAUUUUAUUGAAAUGCGCUCUCAUAUUGUUUGCCCUGUUCAGUAAUUGACAAUUAAUAUCUCCCAAUGUUUCCAAUGUCCUCAACAUAUUUAUAAGGUCUUUCGUGAUUCCUGUGAUAUGAUAGACGUAUAUGAAGCACUCGCGAUAGUCUCACUAAUUUUUGCCCCAACAAACCAUGCAACCUGUGUCUGAACAGAUUUCCCAUGUCUUACGAAUAGAUAAAAAAACAAUUAUGUACAAAGUAAUCUUGGCUCAGGUAGUUGUUUACUGAACUGUUCACUGUUUUAUAUAGCAAAUAAAUAAAACUUCUGACCAUUUAA